AUGUCCAAGAAAUACAUGCCCCGUCCGCCAUAUUGUUUUGGCGAGAUUCCUGAUUAUUCCACUCCGCCCAUGACAGUGGAGGAAUACCAGUAUUAUGAACGAGAGUUCUUUGGUUUUCUUGAAGAAAAAACAAUCCUCAAACCAGUAGAAGAAGGUGCUGGUUUAUUUCAAAGAUUCCUGCAGUUUACAGGAAUUUCAAAGAUCACUAAAUCUGAAGAUAAUAUGCCUGAAAUCAAGUUCAAUAUCCAGUACACUAACAAUGGUCAACUUGAAGGCGGAACAGGUGAUAAUUUGGAGUGCUUGAUAAAACCAACAGGAACUCCUAAACAAUCUAUCACAAAAAGAGUUGUCAAAACAGAAAAUAAAGCUACACAGACUGGCGACGUUGCUACUUGUGAUCAGGAAGUUCAGACAGUUAAACCGAAAAGAAGAGUUGUAAAAUCUAUUAGGCGAUUCUUCCGACGAUCAUUCAAGUGCUUCAAAACAGAAGAGUAA